CAAAAUUCAAUCAUCAAAUUGAUCGCCGUCUUCUCUCCACCGGAGCAUCUCCUUUCGUUUCUCAGAGUUGUGUAUUUGCAUUCAAUUGGAACAAUGAGUGAGGUGUUCAACGGAUACGAGCGCCAAUACUGCGAUCUCUCCGCCAAUCUUUCCAAGAAAUGCUCCUCUGCUCUUUCCCUUGACGGAGAACAAAAGAAGCAGAAGCUCUCUGAGAUAAGAUCUGGCCUCGAAAAUGCUGAAGCAUUGAUUAGGAAAAUGGAUGUUGAGGCGAGAAGCCUUCCACCCAGUGUUAAGACCAGCCUCCUUGUUAAACUAAGAGAGUUCAAGUCUGAUCUCAACAACUUCAAAAGCGAAGUCAAGAGAAUCACUUCUGCAAACUUGAACGCUGCUGCUCGAGACGAGUUGCUUGAAGCUGGUAUGGCUGACACAAAGACGGCUUCAGCUGAUCAAAGAGCGAGAUUGAUGAUGUCAACUGAUCGAUUAGGUCGAACUACAGACAGAAUCAAGGACAGUCGAAGAAUGAUGAUUGAGACGGAAGAGCUUGGUGUUUCUGUCCUUCAAGACUUGCACAGUCAGAGACAGUCUCUCUUACGCGGUGGCGACACGCUUAGUGGAGUGGACGAAAAUAUCGGAAAGAGCAAGAAGAUCUUGACAGGCAUGACGAGGAGGAUGAACAGGAACAAAUGGACUAUUGGAGCCAUUAUUACCGCUUUGGUCGUCGCCAUUAUCCUCAUCUUGUACUUCAAACUCACCAAGUAAAGCCUUUCUGUAUCUAAAACUCAGACCGAAUCUUUGUCACUGAACAAAUGUUGUGUUCGUUUGUGAGUCUUUUAUUUAUCCUUUCUGUGUGAAAAAAUGUUAUUGCCUUUGCCCCGUCUUGUACUCUUGUUUGCGUUUGCGUUUACAGUGUGUAUUUUUCUGGUAUUUUUUUACUAAAUGAUGCAAAUUUGUUUUUUUUUUUUUUAAUAUAAACGCAUAAAUUACAUUUCAGAUAAUUGAAGCUCUAGUCUUGAG